GUUUUAUUUUUUGAGCCACAGAAAAAGAUACUCCAUGGGGUUUGAAAGCCUGGAAUAAGACCCAAUCCAACUCAACCCAACAAAAUGGAUGAAGCAGAUAAAAUAAAAUCCUGGAAAGCUAAAAGGAAUGGCGACUGUUUCUUCGCUGCAUUGCUGCAACAUCUCAUCUUGUUUGAACCAGAAAGGCGUUAUUGUAAGUGCCAGUUCUAUUACUACUAGAAGUAAUAGCAACAGUAGAAAGCAACCCCCGUUCUGCUGCUGCAACAGCUACCGCCCGCAGCAUGAAGAGAAGAAGAAACCAUUUAUCCGCGUUCAGGAAGUAAAAGAAGAUGGGCAUGGACAUGAACACGCAACCAGAAGAAGACAAAUUAUGCUUCAGGGGCCUCUUAUUGCCUUUUCUUUUCCGCAAUUUGUGUCUGCUGCACUCGCGGGGAAAGAACCAGAUGUGCCACAAGAUUUCCGAGCUUAUACUGAUGACGUGAAUAAGUUCAAGAUUUUUAUUCCCCAAGAUUGGCAAGUAGGAGCAGGUGAACCAAAUGGAUUCAAGUCCAUUACAGCUUUCUUCCCAGAGGAAGAAGCUGCAAACUCAAAUGUCAGCGUAGUGAUCACGGGGCUUGGUCCGGAUUUUACUAGAAUGGAAUCUUUUGGCAAAGUUGAAGCCUUUGCAGACACUCUGGUUAGUGGAUUGGACAGGAGCUGGCAAAGGCCCCCAGGUGUGGCAGCAAAACUCAUAGAUUGCAAAGCUGCUAAUGGCUUCUACUAUAUUGAGUACACAUUGCAAAAUCCAGGCGAAAGUCGAAAGCAUUUGUUUUCAGCUAUUGGAAUGGCAUCAAAUGGUUGGUACAACAGACUGUACACUGUGACAGGACAGUUUGUGGAUGACGAGGCAGAGAAAUAUGGUUCCAGAAUUGAGAAGGUAGCUUUAGUCAACAUAAGAUAGAAAGCUAGAAGUUUUUUGCAUCUUCCAGUUGAGAGGAUGGCUGUAUCAUCCUUCAGAUUCAUUUGACACAACAGUUGCUGAUUGAGAUGGCAGUCAUGCUUUUACACAGGAGUGCUGCAGAUCCUCUUUAAGUUGUAAUGCAUGUCAUUUGUUAAGCAGCUACUGAUUGAGACACUUUCCGUGAGGCCUUGUCUCACGUACGAAUUUGAUCAAUAGUAUUUAAAGGCUUUCUGUA